ACGCGUUCGAAGGAAGUCGCAGCCCACGCAAGUCACGUUAGCCGACGGUCACACGCACAAGACAAUCGACCGGUGCAUUGAUUCAGUCCCCAUGUACUUCGCCCCGCAUGCAAGCGAGGCCGUGUCCUUUGACAUUCUGGACACCAAGUUCGGCAUGAUUUUUGGCAUGUCGUGGCUGCAAAGCGAGGAUCACCCGAUGAACUUCUACCGCCGCACUGUUCACAUUCGUGAUCGGAACAGAGUAUUAGUCCCGUGCACGGUGCCUCCACCUCACCCUUCGAUCAUCUAUCACGUGGUGUCCGCCGCGAGCAUUCGAGCUUCCAUUACCCGGGAUGACAUCGAGGAGUUGGGUGUGUGUUUUCUCCACGCCCUCCCUCCCCAUGGCAUCCCAUCGAUGGACGCAUCGACGGACCCACGCAUCACCAAGCUUCUAGACGCCUAUGGUGACAUUUUCGAAGCCCCGCACGGAGUAGUACUGGAUCGGCCAAUCCACCAGGAGAUCAUCCUCGAGGCCGGGGCCGUACCUCCGCGUGGUUGCAUCUACCGCAUGAGCCAGGAAGAGUUAAGUGUGCUACGGGCACAACUCGACGACCUUCUUAAGAAAGGCUGGAUUCGGCCUAGCUCUUCGCCAUACGACGUUCCCGUUCUCUUCAUCCGGAAGAUGAACAAGGACUUGCGGUUGUGCAUCGAUUAUCGCAAACUCAACACGCAAACCGUCAAGAACGUCGGCCCUGUUUCGCGCAUCGACGACCUCGUCGAACGGCUGGGCGACACAAAAUUUUUCUCCAAGCUUGACCUCAAAUCGCAAAAUCACCAACUCGAGAUCCGACAGAAGGACCGCUACAAGACCGCGUUCAAGACGCGAUAUGGGCAUUUCGAAUGGCUGGUUAUGCCUUUUGGCCUUACAAAUGCCCUGGCCACAUUCCAAGCGGCUAUGACGAUGGACCGGAGUUUGGAUGAUCAUGUGGAGCACUUGCGCACCGUUUUGGAGCAGCCACGACAAGCCAAGUACAAAGCCAACCGCGACAAAUGUGAAUUCGUGCGGCAAGAGCUCGAAUACUUGGGCCAUUAUGUGACGCCGCAAGGCAUCCGUCCGCUUGCGGACAAGAUUGAGGUCAUUUGCGUAUGGCCCGAGCCCACCAACACCACGAACGUUCGCUCAUUCAUGGGGUUGGCAGGCUACUGCCAACGCUUCAUCACUGGGUACUCAAGGAUUGCCGCACCAUUUACGAGAUUACAAUCGCCAAAGGUGUCAUUCGUAUUCGACGAUGAAGCGCGCCGGUCAUUCCAAGCACUAAAGACGGUCAUGCUCAUGGCACCCGUCCUUAGCAUUUAUGACCCCACCUUGCCAACGAGAAUGACAACCGACGCCUCUGGCUAUGGUAUUGGGGCAGUCUUGGAACAACACGACGACGACGACUGGCAUCCCAUGGAUUACUUCAGCCACAAGGUGCCUCCUAUCAACUCACUUGAUGAUGCGAGGAAGAAGGAGCUGCUCGCGUUCGUGACGACUCUCAAGCGAUGGCGGCACUUCCUCCUUGGGCGUCGUAGGUUCACAUGGGUCACUGAUAACAACCCGUUGACCUACUACAAGACGCAAGAUACGGUGAGCAGCACUAUCGGACGAUGGACGUAUUUUAUUGACCAAUUUGACUUCACACCGAAACAUCUCGCUGACCUCUCCAAUCGCGAAGCGGAUGCACUCUCGCAAAGACCCGAUCUCUGCGCUAUGACACAUCAUGCCUUCGCGUUCGACGAGGAACUCCAACAAAACUUCAUCCGGGGCUAUGAGUCUGAUCCGGAUUACGCCACACUCUAUGCGCAACUAUCCUCGAAUCACCCGCCGACCAUCCACUAUCGCAUCAUCGACGGGUACUUGCUUCUCCACUCGCGAGGCAAGGACUUAUUGUGUGUCCCAUGAAACCGUCGUCUCCGGACUCGCCUUCUCAGCGAGUACCACGACUCGCGACCCGCCGACCAUUUUGGAUUCAAUCGGACUA